UGGUAGAUGGGUUCUACUGCCUGUGCAACCCUGGCUAUGCUGGUGUGACGUGUGAGCAAGACAUUGACGACUGUGCCAGCAACAUCUGCAGCAACAACUCAACCUGCAGAGACCUCCACUUGACUUACGAGUGCCUCUGUGUCCCCGGAUGGGAGGGCGAGUUCUGCCAACAGGAAAUAGACGAGUGUUCGUCACAGCCGUGCAAAAACAACGCCACCUGUACCGACCUCCUCAACAGCUACAGGUGUCUGUGCCCGCUGGGCUGGGCAGGUGUGGACUGCUCUGUGGAUGUGGAUGAGUGUGACUCUGGGCCCUGUCUGAACGGAGCUCAGUGUCAGGAGUCACCCCUACCUGGGGAGUUCAGCUGCACCUGCCCCCCCUUCUUCAGUGGGCCCUUAUGCAAUGUACCCUUUGACCCCUGUGACCCCGCCCACGACCCCUGCCUGCACAAUGCCACCUGCCUGACUCAUUCUGAUGGAACAGCAGCCUGCAGAUGCCGACCCGGAUUCCAGGGAACACGCUGUGAAAUUGACACUGACGAGUGUAUCUCAGGCCCAUGCCAGAACCAGGGCCACUGUCUUGACCGGGUCAACAGCUACAGCUGUGACUGUGAGCCUGGGUUUUCUGGCCGACACUGUGAGGAAGACAUCAAUGAAUGUGCCUCCAGCCCCUGCCAAAAUGGAGGCAUUUGCCAAGACCUGGUGAACAGGUUCCACUGCAAUUGCCCACCUGGGUAUUUUGGCAGCCUGUGUGACCUGGAUAUUAAUGAGUGUGAAGUUUCACCUUGCCUCCACGAGGCCGUCUGUAUCAACAAACCUGGAGGCUUCAAGUGUGUCUGUCCCCCUGGAUAUGCAGGGACGUGGUGUGAACUGAGCAUUGACGAGUGUGUGUCGAACCCAUGCCAAAACAGCGGGAGGUGCGUGGAUGGUCCCAAUCGAUACCAGUGCUUAUGUGCUACAGGCUUCAUGGGUUUCCACUGCGAGACCAACAUUGAUGAAUGCAUGUCAGGCCCCUGUCUUCACGGGAGGUGCAUUGAUGGAGUGGAUGUGUAUCACUGCCAGUGUGAAUGGGGAUGGACUGGUGCCAGAUGUGAAACUAACACUGAUGAGUGUUCUUCCAGUCCGUGUCUGAAUGGUGGGUCCUGUGUGGACCUGGUUGAUAAAUAUGCAUGUUUCUGUCUGGAUGGAUACAGUGGAAAGAACUGUGACAUUGACAUAGACGUCUGUCUAGAAACCCCCACCAAUGUCUCCCUGUGUUUAAAUGGAGGGACUUGUCUCGAUGGCGAAGGGUCCAAUUUCACCUGCAG